UUCCAAGUAUCUAUCUGAACCUAGGUGUAGAUGCUAAUUCGCCAGCAGUUAUGUUGAAAAUCGUAACUCUAGUGGUCAUAUGCCUUGACUUGCUAUUAAAAUGAUUUCGCUUUUACUUCUUUUAUCAACUUGCUCAUUAGUUUAUGGAUCUCCUUUUUUACCAGAUGAUGAAAAUGGAUGGUGGAGCACUUUAACAAGUAAUUUUUCUUUGUGGCGUUCAGAUGAAGGAGAAAGUCCCUCUGAGAGUUCUAAAGAUAACGAUGAAGAAAUUAACAGCAGUGUUAAAUUAGCGGAACUCUUUCCAACUUUAAAAGAACAGCUCGAAUCGUCUGAUGAAAAAGAACGAGAAGAAGCCAGAGAGUUUAUUAAGGGAAUGGAUACUCAAAUAAAAGAAAAGAAAAGGUACGCUAAUAUAUUUUGGAAAGGUGUAAAGACGAUCAUUGACAUGGGUCGAUUGGAAAGCAACGAAAGAAGAAGUAAUGAGAAAGAAGUCGGCAUACUCUGUCGAAUAAUAAGCAUUAUAAUAAAUUUUUUCAAACGGAUGCUCGGAAUGAAAACUGACGAUGAUGAUGACAACCACAAAUUUAAAAAAAGUAGAUCAACCGAUAGUAAAAAAGAAGGCAACGACCAUUCGGAUCAACAUUCGACAUCGCAGCACUCCACUCUUUCUGAUCGUAAGGCUGGCCUGAAAGAUGAUUUGGACCAUUUCACCGAAAAUACAGAAGAAUUCAUCGAGGGAGAUGAACCAAGUAACACAGGGUCUCAUACUAAAGCUAAUAACAAACCUCAACACUUUGAUCCUAAAGCUGGCACGAAAGGGAAACUGGAUGUCAUUGAUCCCCAUAAACCUGUGGUAGAGUUUUUACACGAUGAGGAAAAGAAACCCGAUGACGCAGCUAAUUCUAAAAAAGAUUAAUUUUCAGCUCCUCCCCUUACUUUCAGAAUUAUUUAAGCUACUAGUUCAUCCGCUCGUAUAAUUGAAUUGAUUAUCUAUCUAUAAAGUUUAAACAAAGUUGAAUAAAUUGAUGUAU